AUGCAGUUCUUUUUCUUGAUCAAACUUCAUUUCAGAUCAGGCCCAAAAACAAAUGAUAGUCGUGAAGAAUUGGGAAGUCAAACAACUGCAACAAGUCCAAAUCUAGGAUCGAAUAACUCGAUUUCUGGAAAUUCGAGAUCCAAAAGUAUCACGAAACGGAAAGUAUCAUACACUCGUGAAGAUGGAACUGGUCCGAAAACAAUGGAAGAGAAGAUAAAUGAUCCGAAUUUGAAAAGUCAAGAAGAGAAAAAAGAAGAAAAAAAGGAGAAUAAAGAGGAGAAAGGAGGUAAAAAGGGAAGCGGAGGAACUGGUUCAAAGACAGAAGAAGUCCCAUCAAAACCUCUGAAAAAGAAGGAAACUAAGAAGGAAGAGCAAGAAGCGAGUGUUUUUGAGGAAGUACAAGGUCCAGCAGCCCCUGCUCAAACUGGAACCCAUGGGAUCAAGAAUAAAAUGCGUUGGAAAAUUGAUGUGGAGGGAGCUGACUGCAAUGGAGAUCAAAAGAUGACAGAAGUGUUCGAUAAAUUGGCCAAACUACGAAAGAAGAUGAAGACAAAACGGUGUAAAGUUCUCAAAGCAAACGAUAAAGUUGGAACUGAGGAUGAUGAUGAGAAAGAAGUGCAAGAUGAUGUAAUCAUAAACUGUGCUCGAGUCCUACAACUUGUCAAAAUGGAAGCAUUAAUUUCAAAAGAAAUUCCAGAAGCAGAUCAGGAAAUUCUUCGUGCAUUUUGUCGUAGUGGAGAUCAAGAGGACAAAGCAGAAGGGCUCAUUGAGAAGAUUGUGUUGGCAGUCUUGAAUGCAGUUGUACAGAAAAAUGAAUUCGUUCGACAAAUUGUGAUUCCUGGAGAGUUGAGAUUGUUCGCUGUGGACGAGAAAAAAGCGAAAUAUCCGAUGAUGGCUCUUCUGAUGGCUCGUAAAGAUCUUCUUUAUGUUGCAUGGUCGAAACCGAAUCGAGAAGUUGAGAACACUUUGGAUGGAACUUGGGCAGGAAUGGCGGUGAAGAAAGGGACAACUCCAGCAGUUCAAAGUACUUUGCUUGGUUGA